GUAUAAGGAUCUCUUGAACUGGGCCGCAUCUCGGGGCAUCACAGAUGCUCCUUUUGUGGGAGAUAAGCCCACCAGCAUUAGAUCAACCCCUUCUCUGGGUUUCUCGAUCCGAAUUGCCACAUUUCCAGAUGCAGGCGGGUAAGUGAGCAAGCAGGUCAUCGUGCAAUGAGUUUGGUUGGAGGGUCAUAGAAGGGUUGUUUUGGGGACUAAUUCAAGGUACGCCUCGUUGAGGCAAUGGAGAGAAUGAGUCAUACAGAGCACUGCCUACAUUUCGCACCGGACGCUGGCUCUCCGUUGGGAAGUUGCGAUGAGUUAGACGAGGAGGGUUCGUGAAACAACGAAGGAGGCUCUUACCCUUCGCUACGUGUGGUCAUCUUGCUGCAUCGCAGUUGGAUUUUGCAGAUUCUGCAGUGAGGGGGCUUGCGGCUGCACGAGAUUUGAAGUUGGGCGAACUCAUCUUGCGAGUUCCUGAGAAGGCUCUUAUGAAUGGAAGGAGCGCACGACUUGACGCUGAGCUUACAAGGGCGUUGGCUUUGUACCCUUCAUUGUCGCAUGUGCAGGUGUUAUGCGUGCAUCUUUUGAGGGAAAUUGCAAAGGGUCGCACCAGUGAACGGUUCCCUUAUUUGGUGCAUCUCCCACGAUAUUAUCACACAGCGAGCUUUUACAGCCCAUUUGAAGCUCAGGCACUGCAGGUAAAGGAUGCGGUGUCUAUGGCAGAGGGAGUUGUCCAGAAUUCCCGUGAGGAAUGGUUGCAGGCCCGCCCAGUGCUAGAGAAGCUGGGAUUAGGUCGACGAUUUUGUACACUUCAAGGAUGGUUAUGGGCAUUUGCCACCAUCUCAUCACGCACUUUGUAUGUCCCUUGGGAUGAAGCUGGCACACUGUGUCCAGUCGGGGACUUCUUCAAUUAUGCAUGUCCAGGUGUACCUUACAACCUCCCCCCUACUGCUCAAGAUACUCAGAUGAGGGAGGGGGACCUCAUUUCUGAAGAAGAUGUAGACACCUCAGGUGGCAUUGAAAUACGAGACAGGCUUCGAGAUGGAGGGUUUGAGGAUGAGAGGGGCGAAUAUUGUUUUUAUGCUCGCCAAGAUUAUCAGGAGGGACAGCAGGUUCUGCUGUGCUAUGGAACGUACACAAACCUUGAGCUUCUUGAGCACUAUGGAUUUCUACUACCUUUCAACCCCAAUGACAAAGUUCACAUAGAACUACCCACAGCCGAUGAGUUCAAUCCGGGCGCUGUUAGGCCUCCUCCAGAGGCAGACCUACUCAUGAACCUCUUCAUCGAUUACGAGGGGAAGCCUUCAUUCUCCUUGCUCUCAAACCUGCGUUUAAGAGCUGCCCCUGCUACCCUCCUAAAGAGCCGGCACCAUUUAGCGCUUGCUGGUCAACAGAUAUCUCCAGAAUCUGACAAAGCCGUAUUUCGGUGGCUGAAAUCGAAAUGUGAGAAAAUGCUAACAAGCUGUCCUACAUCGUUCGAUGUGGACGAGCUGCUGUUAGCUGUGAUUGAUUCUCAUCCCUCCGUGGCGGAAAUACAAAAGUUGUUGACUGUCUACAAAGAGGAUUUCCUUCCAUCUCCAACCGAGAAUCUUGAACUGCUCAAUGCUCCUGAACAUUUGCAACCAGUUAUCCUAAAUGAACUGGAGAGCUUCAUUGCUUCAGCUCCUCAUACAGAAACGUCGUCUACACCGUCCUGGCCGUCAGAUCUUCGACUUGAGAGGUGGAGACUUGCUAUUCAGUGGCGAUUAGGAUAUAAGAAAAUAGUGAGACGCUCCAUAUCUCAUUGCUCCCGAAUGUUAGAUUGUGAUUGAUGACGUGGUAAAGUCUUCUUACUCUUACUACCCAUAUAUAACUUUGGAUUUUGUGUUUGCAAUCGUUUCAUGAAUUAUUUUGCAAGUUAUCCUGAAUGAAA